ACUUCUUUCGGUGGAUUUCAUCAUUCUCCUGAGCUUCAUGCUUCUCCGCAGCGCAGCAUCAGCACUGCUGAGGACCACCGCUGUGAUUCCCACUUUCUGCCCGGUGUCUACGGUCAGCUCGGUUCGGCAUUUGCCCAGUUUCCCGCCCAGAACCAGGCCGUUUUCAAGGUCGGUCUGCUUGCACAAAAAGAAGAAGCUGAGCGCUUGGCUGGAGGUGAAAGGACAAACCAUGAUGGACGGAAACAUAGAAGAGAUUCUCGCUCCUUUGAGGCUUGCAGUCAAGGAACAGGGGGACCUGGUGCGUCAGCUGAAACAGAACGGAGCUCCAGACGUGGAUGUUACUAGAGCCGUGGCUGAGUUGAAGGCCAGAAAGAAGGCCCUGGAGACGAAGGAACUGUCAUUGCAACCCAAAGAUGACAUUGUAGACAGAUCCAAGAUGGAAGAUACCCUCAAGAGGCGUUUCUUCUACGAUCAGGCCUUCGCGAUCUAUGGAGGUGUGAGUGGCCUCUAUGACUUCGGUCCUGUGGGCUGUGCCCUGAAGAAUAACAUCUUGCAGGCCUGGAGGCAGCACUUCAUUCAGGAGGAGCAAAUUCUGGAAAUUGACUGCACCAUGCUGACGCCUGAACCCGUCCUCAAGACCUCAGGGCAUGUGGAAAAAUUUGCAGACUACAUGGUUAAAGACGUAAAGAAUGGCGAAUGCUUCAGAGCUGACCAUCUCCUUAAAGCUUUUCUCCAAAAGUUGAUGUCAGAUAAAAAGUGCUCAGCGGAUAAGAAAGCAGAGAUGGAGAGCGUCAUUGUUCAGUUGGACAAUUACUCCCAACAAGAACUUGCUGACCUCUUUGUAAAAUACAACGUCAAGUCACCCACCACAGGAAAUGACCUCACAGCUCCCAUCUCCUUUAACCUGAUGUUUCAGACGUCCAUUGGUCCAGGGGGGAAUAUGCCAGGCUAUUUGAGGCCUGAAACUGCUCAGGGAAUAUUCCUCAACUUCAAGCGUCUCCUGGAGUUCAACCAGGGAAAACUGCCGUUUGCUGCUGCUCAAAUAGGAAACUCUUUCAGGAAUGAAAUCUCACCUCGUGCCGGACUCAUUCGUGUUCGAGAGUUCACCAUGGCUGAGAUCGAGCACUUUGUUGACCCCAGUGAAAAGGUCCAUCCGAAGUUCUCUAAUGUAGCUGACCUGGAAAUCACCUUGUACUCCUCCAAAGCUCAGACUAGUGGUCAGUCUGCACAGAUGAUGAGGCUGGGGGAUGCGGUGGAGCAGGGAGUGAUCAAUAAUUCAGUCUUGGGAUAUUUUAUUGGGAGGAUCUACCUCUACCUGACUAAAGUCGGCGUUGCCAAAGACAAGUUGCGUUUCAGACAGCACAUGGACAAUGAGAUGGCUCACUACGCCUGCGACUGCUGGGACGCUGAAACCAAAACCUCAUAUGGCUGGAUUGAAAUCGUGGGCUGUGCUGACCGCUCAUGUUAUGAUUUGAAGUGUCACGCGCGAGCCACAAAGGUCCCUCUGGUUGCUGAGAAGCUUCUUAAAGAACCCAAAACUGUAAAUGUUGUUCAGUUUGAGCCUAACAAAGGAGCCAUCGGGAAGAUGUACAAGAAGGACGCCAAGCUGGUUAUGGAGUAUCUCGCUGUGUGUGACGAAUGCUUCAUCACUGAGCAGGAGCAGCUGCUGAAUGAAACCGGAGAGUUCAACAUUGAGACGGAAGGAAAGACGUUCAAACUCACAAAGGACAUGGUGAGCGUGAGGCGGCAGCAGAAGACUCUGCAUGUGGAGGAAGUUGUUCCCAACGUCAUCGAGCCGUCCUUCGGCAUCGGCAGGAUCAUGUACACCAUCUUUGAGCAUACAUUCCACAUCAGAGAAGGAGAUGAGCAGAGAACGUACUUUAGCUUUCCUGCUACUGUAGCUCCGUACAAAUGUUCGGUUCUACCUCUCAGCCCAAAUCCGGAAUUUAUGCCCUUUGUGAGGGAAUUAUCCGAGGCAAUGACCAAAAAUGGGGUGUCCCAUAAGGUGGAUGACUCAUCUGGCUCCAUUGGAAGGCGCUACGCCAGGACAGAUGAGAUUGGCGUGGCUUUUGGUAUCACCAUCGACUUUGACACCGUGAACAAGACCCCCCACACGGCCACUCUGAGGGACCGGGAUUCGAUGAGGCAAAUACGAGCUGAGGUCAGCGAGCUUCCUGUAAUAGUUCGAGAUUUGGCCAGCGGCACGAUGACCUGGGCAGAAGUGGAGAGCAAGUUUCCCAUCUUUGAGGGGCAAGAGACCAGCAAGAAGGAGGCAUCUGAAGAGUAGAGUUCACUUUGUGCGAACAUCCACAGACUCGAUGCCUCAUGUCAACACAGAGCACUGCAGCCGUGUUGUGAUCAGCUGUGUUUUACGUCACAACGUCGCAUAUUCAUCUAAUCUGAGAAACGAGGCGAAGCUUAGACUUCUGUCGUCGGCACUGCAUCCACUCUGUUGUAAAAGGGACAAAAUCAAAUCAGGUUGAUGAGAACUUCCACUUGUUCCAGUUUUAAAGUGAAAUGAAGCUUCAAUAAAAGCAGUUGGUGCUUAGUG